ACAACUUCGGCAACGACUUUAUGAGGUUACGGCGGUUAUCUACCAAAUACCGGACAGAGAAGAUCUACCCCACCAAUGUAGGAGAGAAGGAGGAGAAUGUCAAGAAGAACAGAUAUAAAGAUAUACUGCCAUUUGAUCACAGUAGGGUGAAGCUGAAGUUAAAAACGACCAAUCAGGACACAGAUUACAUCAACGCCAACUUCAUCAAGGGUAUGGAUGGCCCAGAGGCCUAUAUCGCAACUCAGGGCCCACUGCCGAACACUGUCAUUGACUUCUGGAGGAUGAACUGGGAGUACAACGUAGCUGUUAUUGUAAUGGCUUGUCGAGAGUUUGAGAUGGGAAGGAAAAAGUGUGAGCGAUAUUUCCCGCUGCAGGGAGAGGAGACCAUGAGUUUUGGUCCUUUCAGAAUCUCCUGUGAAUCAGAACAGGCCAGAACAGACUACUUUAUCAGGACUUUGAUGGUGGAGUAUGAAAAUGAAACUCGGAGGAUAACACAGUUCCAUUAUAUGAACUGGCCAGAUCACGAUGUGCCCUCAUCGUUUGACUCCAUACUGGAUAUGAUCGGACUAAUGAGAGAAUACCAGGAGAAUGAUGAUGUCCCUAUAUGUGUGCACUGCAGUGCAGGCUGUGGGAGGACGGGUGCUAUCUGUGCUAUCGACUACACAUGGAACCUCCUCAAAGCUGGGAAAAUACCAGAAGAUUUUAAUGUUUUUCGGUUGAUCCAAGAAAUGAGGACGCAGCGACACUCUGCUGUUCAAACCAAGGAACAGUACGAGUUAGUUCAUAGAGCGAUCGCUCAGCUCUUUCAGAAACAAUUGCAGCUACUGGAGAGCCCCACCAACACGCAGAUACACGAUGGCAUGGAUGAAAGCAGUCCAGACAAAGCAAGCCACCAGUCAGAUGAUGAGAGAUGGGACACACCACCUCCCAAACCUCCCCGCAUACGCAGUUCCCAGGCAGAAGGUGACGUUAAAGAGGAGAUUCUCCAGCCCCCUGAGCCUCACCCUGUACCCCCCAUUCUGACCCCGUCUCCCCCCUCGGCUUUCCCCACCGUCACCAACGUACGGCAGGACAACGACCGCUACCACCCCAAACCUCUCAUACACGUCCUGGCUACUGCGCAGCACAACGUGACACAGAAGAAAGAUGUGGACAAGCAGCAGAACCAGUCAGAGCCUGGUUCAAACAAACGGACCAGUCCCUCAGAGCAGAAAGACCAAGAUCUUGAAAGUCGAAAACAGCAGACGCAGGUCUCAAAUCUGGAUCUCAACGACAACUACAACAACAAAUUAUCUUCAGCAUCAACAAAAUCAGAAUCAGGCCAAAGCCAGACUCAGACUUCCUCCUCUCCCCUCUCCCCGGUUGUUGAAUGUUCUGGUGCUCCUCGGAUCGAGAGGAAGCUCAGCAUUGAGAUUAAAAAGGUGCCGUUGCAGGAAGGACCUCGUAGCUUUGACACUUCCCCCUCGAUGGGAGUAGCAGGCGGGCUCGGCAGUGGUUCAACCAACAGCGGGGGUAUGCUGCAAAGAGGCCACGCCUUCAAAGCCCGUUCUGGCCAAUCCCUGCUGACGUCUAGCUCCUCGCUGUCGGAGGACUCGGGCACGGAGGGAGGAGCAGGUGGGGAGAGUCACACAGACGGAGGCGUCCUAACCAGACCAAACCACCUCCCUGUGAAGAGUGGAGAGAAGGGGGAGCCGCAGGGAGGGGAGAGAGUGGAGGUGAAGGCUGGCCACGCAGCAUGGGCUCAACCCUGCAACAGCCCCGAAAAACAUUUCCCUAAGACCUCCUCCUCUUCUUCCUCCUCAGACCGUGUUGCUCCAUCAUCAUCCUCCUCCUCCCACCUCUCCUCCUCCUCUUCCUCUUCCUCCUCCACUCCUGUUAGGACUGCCCUCAGUUUCACCAACCCCCUGCACUCCGAUAACUCGGACGAGGAGGGGGAUGGAGAGAUGUCCGGAGGAAAGGAGGGCUAUCGUUCUAAUGUAUCCACGGCGACGGCCAUGGUAGCUGCGUCCCCUCACCAUGGAGACCAGCAACCAGUCAGGAAGGUGUUGCCAAUGUCGAUUGCAGGGCAUACCUCUUCGUCACCCUCUGCAACUACAGCAAACCCUCUGGAGGUGAGGACGUCAGCCUCAGCCGAAUGGAGCGGCUCACACACAGAUGUGUCAGACUGCAUUAAGAAGACAUCUCCAGCUGACCCUGCAUCUGCUGCCACCACGGCAACAGACAGCAAGGCAGACUUGGGGUUCGGUAACCGCUGCAUCCAGCCCAAAGGCCCUCGAGAACCCCCCCUGGAGUGGACAUGAUGGAACGAACUGUCUGCCUGUCCACCAACAGUCUUCUCGCCUGUCAGGAGACGGACUCUGCCGAUCUCACCUGGCGGGUCCAAAAAAACCAAGUUGAUAGAUGCUACACAGACAGA